AUGUGGUCGCACAUUUUCAAUAGAAGAGUUCCAAGUGAGGAACGCGCGGAAGAGCGUAAGAGGUGGAUCAGAGGUGACAGUAAAGCUAAAGCACUGAUUGGUCUCUCCCUAUCAGAUGAGCAUCUUGAGCAUGUAUGUGAUGUUGAUACUGCUCAUGAGAUGUGGGAAGCUAUUGUCAACGUGUUUGAGAGACACACUUUGCUGAACAAACUAGCUGCACGUCGUGAGUUCUAUACUGUGAAGAUGCUUUCCGGUGAAAAGGUGCUUGCAUACAUCAAUCGUGUCAAGCAGCUGGCAGCCAUUCUCAAGUCAAUGAGCGUAAACAUCGCUGACAAGGAGAUGGCCAUGGCAGUGCUCAACGGUCUGCCUGCCCGUUUCGAGGCUCUCAUUGUUGCACUUGAUGCUCUCGGUAAUGAGGAAAAGAUAUUCAGUUUGGACUUUGUGAAAAGUCGUCUGCUGCAGGAAGAGCAACGAGCAAACAUGAAGUCUAGCUCCUCACAGACAUCGGCUCUGGUUAAUCGUGCCCCGAACAAUCGGGACAUAAACGAUUACAAAUGCACGAACUGCGGUCAUACAGGCCAUACGGCAACCCGCUGCUGGGGAAAGGAUUUGAAUGGGCGUCGCCCGGCUCCUCCUAGCGGAUAUAAACCGCCUUCGCACACGAACGAUAUGGAGAUGUUGCCUUCGUGGCUCGUAGAUUCAGCUUGUACAGCCCAUAUUACAUAUGACCGAUCUUUGUUUGCAACGUAUGAGCCACUUGAAUCCGCCUCUGUUCAGAUGGGAACCAAGGCUAGUGCAAAGGUUGCCGGCCGUGGUGACGUUCACUUGAAGUUAAAUGUGAAUGGCCGCAUCGAACCGGGCAAGUUGACGGAUGUAUUGCACGUUCCGGACUUUGCGUUCUCUCUGCUCUCUGUCAGUCGAAUGACUGAACUUGGACUAAAAGUUGGGUUCGAAAAUGGAAAAUGCAUGAUCAGACGAGGCUCAACUGUAGUGGCGACUGCGACAUUGGUUGGAGAACUUUACGUUCUCGACAUCGUCAGUGACAUCGGAUCUGCACAUGCUGCCACCCUGCAAACGUGGCAUGAGCGCUUUGCACAUGUACAUUCUCAAGGUAUUGCUUCGAUGAUUCGUGACAAUGUGGCUAACAAAAUCAACAAUACUGACAAUGAUUGCAUCUCUGAAAAAUGUUCUGCGUGCGUCUACGGCAAAGCCACUCGAUCUGUGAUCCCAAAAGAGCGGUCCUCGAGGCGGGCAUACUUCUGUCUAGACUUAGUUCACUCUGAUGUUUGUGGCCCCUUAGAGGUGCAGUCCAUUGGUGGUGCCAAGUACUUCAUUACCUUCAUAGAUGAUCACUCAAACUGGUCAGUAGUGUACCCUAUGCACCAUAAAUCAGAAGCAUUUGAACGAUACAAAAUGUUUGCACAACUUGCUCAGACUCACACUGGUCGCAAGAUCAAAGUGCUUCGCACCGAUCGAGGUGGUGAGUAUCUGUCCACGGAGUUUAAGUCUUUUCUGAUUGCAAAUGGUACUCAGCAUCAAAUGACGACCGCGUACACACCGGAGCAAAAUGGCGUCGCCGAGCGACUGAACAGAACUUUGGUAAACUUGGUGCGCUCCAUGCUAGCGCACUUUUCAUUUUCAACGUGUACACGUGUGAUUUCUGUACACGGUUGCACUCUACAGUACUUCAGGAGCACGUUUGGUUUUCAAAGUGUACACGUGUGA